GUUUACCUGUGUUUACCACUACCAGCCACAGACGCGUUGCUUCCACUGACAAAAGUGAUAUUGACAAGUACUGUCUACAAUCAAAUCCCAGUCUCGAGUUCGCCAUGAACGAACAUAUAUCAAUGCGUGUCAAUUCCGCUCGUCUUUCCAGCAUAAAGGGAAGGACAGUCCGUCUCCCAUGCAAAGUCCUUCGGCUAUCAGAUGACAUCGCUAUCGUCGAAGCGAGUGAUGGCGGCCAGGUAGAGAUCCAAAGGAAGAAUGUGGAUGUGACUGCCACCUAUGUCGAGGUUAUUGGAAGCGUGGUGGAUGCGUCCACAAUAAAAGCCAUGGCGACCCUCCCGUUAGAUUCAGAAGGCGAGCUAGAUAUGCAAUUGGUCAACGACGUGAUUGAGCUCACGUUUGAAUCGAGGUUCGAUAAGCUCUUCCCUCGAUACAAAGAGACAGAGUCCGGCUUUCCUACACAUUGAUUAUCUACCAGCUGCAGCAUAUAGGCACUUCCUGUUGUAUUUUACCGGAC